UACUCGAGAGUACAAUUUUAUUAUCACUUCCUAUUUAUAUAUACCUCCCAUUCCCUCAUUUUUCUCUCCUCCAGUCUUCUCUAACAAGUUUUUUCCAUCUCCAUUGAAUCCAAAUCGGAUCUACCAAAUAUGGGUAUUUGCAGUUCUUGUGAAUCUACAUCUAUUGCUACAGCAAAAUUGAUACUACAAGACGGAAGAUUACAAGAGUUUCCUUAUCCAGUAAAGGCGUCGUACCUGUUACAGAAAGAUCCGUCAAUAUUCAUAUGUAAUUCCGAUGAAAUGGAUUUCGGUGAUGUAGUUUCCGCCAUAAGCGCUGAUGAAGAGCUUCAACCCGGUCAACUUUACUUUGCGUUGCCGUUAAGCAAUCUGAAACGUAGGCUUAAGGCGGAGGAAAUGGCAGCAUUAGCUGUAAAAGCUAGUUCUGCAUUGAACAAUUGUGGUACUGAGAAAUACGGUUGUCGCCGUAAAGGUUCAGAUUUCUUAGUAGAAAAAAAGGGGAAAAGGAGAGAUAAUAACGAUUCCGCCGCCGCUGCCGCCGCUGCGGAAUUGAGAAGAGCGAGGAGUAGUGGUGGUAGUGGGAGGAGAGGGAAGUUUACGGCGAGGUUAACUGCAAUACCUGAGUAGAUUUAACUUUUGGGGAAAAUCAAACUGUUCAUUUUAAUAGUUUUUUUUCAUUUUUGUGAAUAUAGUAGAAAAUUAGUUGAGGUUAAUAUUCAAGAUCUGCUCGAAUUAGUGAGUAGUUCGAAAUUCGGCAUCAAAUUUUUUAUUUAUUUUUUAGAAUAAUGUGUAGUUGUCAUCAGUUAAUAUGGGGUUGUAUCACAAUUUUACCUCUAGCUCGAUUGAUUAGCAAAUAUUGGAUUAAAACCUAAAUGAGAUCUCCAUUAAUUUGCA